GGUCUCCCACCUCCACGCUUGUGCGUCAGGUGCGGUUUGGUUGUCCUUUUCUUCCCCGCCGUUUGGGGCCCUGCGCAGGCGCAGUGGGCACACACUUUCUCGAUUCGCCCCCCUUUCGACCCCCCCGCUUUGAGGAUUUCUGAGGCGACUGUGGGGGGGGCUCGCGAUCGUCAUCACCAUGGGAAGGAAGUCAAGUAAAGGCAAGGAGAAGAAACAGAAGCGAUUGGAGGAGCGGGCAGCCAUGGAUGCCGUCUGUGCCAAGGUGGAAGCUGCCAAUAAACUUGGAGAUCCCUUGGAAGCCUUUCCAGUGUUCAAGAAAUAUGACAGGAAUGGAUUAAAUGUCUCCAUUGAGUGUAAACGAGUCUCCAGCUUGGACACAGCCACACUCGACUGGGCUUUUGAACUCACCAAAACGAACAUGCAGACCUUGUACGAGCAGAGCGAAUGGGGCUGGAAAGACCGGGAGAAACGAGACGAGAUGUCAGAUGACCGUGCUUGGUACCUAAUCGCUGUGGAAGAGGGCUCCCUUCCCGUGGCUUUCUCACACUUCCGCUUCGAUGUGGAAUGCGGUGACGAGGUCCUUUAUUGCUACGAAGUACAGCUGGAAAGCAAAGUGAGACGGAAAGGUCUGGGCAAGUUUCUCAUACAGAUACUGCAGCUUGUGGCAAAUGGCACACAGAUGAAGAAAGUCAUGUUAACAGUAUUUAAACACAAUCACGGGGCCUACCAGUUCUUCAGAGAAGCUUUACAGUUUGAAAUUGACGAUACCUCCCCUAGCAUGUCUGGCUGCUGUGGGGACGACUGCUCCUAUGAAAUCCUCAGCCGGAGAACAAAAUUUGGUGAGGGCCAGCAUGCUCACCUGGGCGGCCACUGUGGAGGCUGCUGCCGCUGAGGCGGGCCAUCGCGCUCCGUAAGAAUCCGGGUCUCUCUCCACGUAAGCCUGCCUUUCUCCUUGAUUUCCCCCUGCUUCAUCCUCCCCCACCUUCCAUUUCUUGCCACACUCCCAAUCCAGGACAAAACAGACUCCUCUGUCGCAUCCUGAAUCCCAGGAUGAGAGAUCUUCCUCCAUAUGGGAGGUUCUGGAACUGAAAUCAAGCCUAGUCCUCAGGCCUAGUUCUAGAUACUGCUUACCUGUGGCCUUGUGUGAACCGAAGGUGUGAAUCCAGGCAGCCGGGCUUGUUUUCCACCCAUCCCUCUAAAAUUCACAUUUCCGCCGUGAAAAAGACAGUUGCUGCCUGAAGCAAGUGGCGGCAGUAACUCGCUGUGCAGGCUAGAGGGUGGUGAAGAACUGACUUUCUGUGAGUGUACCAGAAGCAUGAAUGAGUGGCAGGUCCAGAUGUGUGGUCUUUCUCCAUCCACUUUGAUCUAUGCAUCCUUCUUGCGCUCUUCCUGGAUCACUGCAAUGCUUGGGACAGCUGCUUUGCCCAAGAACUCUCGCACGUAACGAGCUGGACAUAAUGCCCUGCGUGGGGGCACUGGGCAAACCUUGUCUGAGACCAUCCUGUUUGGAUUUCUCCUGGUUGUGUGUUGGGACCUCUUGCAGAGGGAUGGGGGUAGGGGAGUGCUCGAUACAUACUUGAGAAGCCGGACCUGACAUACACGUUCUGCAUCCGUAUGAAGAUCCCUGGGACGUUUCCCUUGUGUGUAUGUCAGGAAAGCUUGAUGCAAACGGCUCGCUCCCAAGGGAUCCCCAAGUCUGCGUCCUCACGGCUUUUAACAGGUUGACCCAUGCAAGCUGCUCAGGUAACCCUCUGUGUCCACACUCGGCCUGGAGCGAGCCACUCGCACAGGCGAGAGCGGACCCUCAGAACUUGCUGUUCUGGUGCGUGGAAGGCCCGGCUGAAGAGGGAGAGUCAGUUCACACCGCAUGAACUCUGCUCAGAGUGCUCUGUAGCCACUGCAGGCCACAUCGCAAUGGCGUCCUUAGAUCCGUAUAUUAUGAGGCUAGUGGGAUGCAUGUAUGGUUUUUCUUUUUAUUAUGAAUUGUAUUUUUUUAAACCUUGGCUUUAUAUUUGCCCCAGGGCUCACCAAGCUUUCUAUUAAAACCACACUCUUCAUACUGAAGCAAUUUAGAACCCUGUCUGUUACUUGCUGGCCGGUUGCGUUCUUCUCUUGGCACGAGGGCUUGUGGGUAUUCGGACAGUCCAAAUCUACCUUCUGCCUCACCCACCAAGGCCCUUUCCACCUACAUCUCUUCCUAAGAUGUCUGAAAGAAAGAAUCAGCAACUUGUCAGCCUCUUGGGUGCUGCCAGUCCAGGUCAUGUUUCUGGAGGCCCGUCUUGCCGAGUUUGAGGUGCCACUGGCAGCCUCUUCCCCAGACGAUCCCUGUUGCACCAGCUGCAGCCUCAGGACCAUGAUUCCAUCUCAGGGUGUGUCUCAGCCUUCGCUGUUCCCGCUGAAUGAGGACAAAAUGGGUCCUUCUUUGUCAGCUGUCACACUUCUUCCGCGGUUGAACUUACACACCAGCCAGUCUCGCCCCUGCAAUACUUUCUCCUUCCAGUGCCUAAAGCAUUUUUUAAAAAAUAAUCCUGGUCCUGGUAGUUUGAAUUACUUCUCAGUAAAUAGCAAAUAUAGUUUUAUUCUCCCUUGGCAACUCAAUUGGAGUCCCACAAGUCUGGACUCCGUUUUUUUAAAUAUAUUUCUAAGGAUGGCUUUUUAUUUGGGAUUUUAAGGAGCCGUGGCUGCUUUGCCCACUUCUUAAGUUCCUGGAUUCAGAUUGUGCUGCUCCCUGUCCUACACCCCCAUCACCGUCUUUCCUCUGCCAUAAAUUGAUGGGGGAGGGAAAGCCUGCAGCAAGGUGAGAAACGGGGUCAGUCGAAACUCCCUUGCUCUGGCUCAGCUUACAGAUCUUCCUCUGGGAAAUAAAAGCGCUUACUGGCUUUCCACCGUGGAAAGGCUCGGGGAGUGGUGUCAGCUUCAGAUGCCAUGCAGGAGACCCCUUUGCAAGCACCACUCUGCAUUAUCCCAGAGACUUCUGGGACCAGCUCUUCUUUUCUUAGGCGAUGGCAGCUGUGGGUUAAAAAGCGUUGGGUGGCCUUCUGGGAAAUUUGGCGCCUCUUCCAGGUACAUAGUAUUGCUUUGAAAGGCAGGUUGGGGGGUCCAGAUCCCACCUCUGGGCCAGACCUUCCAGACCAUGAUCGGAAGGGCCUCUGGGGGGGUCGAAUUUUCCACCAUACUGCAGUGGGACAUUCUUUUAAGUCCAGGAACACCCCUGUCCAAGGAAGGGCCAGCAGGAGGCCCGCCUCCUGCCUCGUGUGUGUGGGCUUCUUAAUCCGGGUCUGCUCCUGCUGCCCGUGGGCCAAGCCGAAGCAAAGGGAGUCUGCUUCUGUAUGGGGCAUCCGCUCGCCCCAGAGGCCUUUCUUUUUUCAGAGUCUACCUGUGGACCUCAACUUGGGGCUCUCCAGAGAUGUGGGAUGUCAGCUCCCAUCAUUCCCAGCCCGUCUUGGCCAUGCUGGCUAGGACCGCUGGGGUUGCAGGCCCAUGCAUCUGAAGGGCACCAAGUUGCGAAAGGCGGCUACAGACCACUGACUUUUUCUCCCGAGGAGAUGGGGGUCGACACCUUGCUGCACGGCCCAUUGCCAGGAAUAGGAACCACGGGGCCCCACUUAAGAGGCUCACGACCAGGUCACUUCUUGCUCUCAAGAGAUCACUAGAUUCCUUUUGGACCCAAGCAGCCCAGAAGGUAAUGGGCUCUCCCACACUAGAAACAUUCAAGAUGCAACUGGACAGCCAUCUGAGAGGGAUGGUUUAACCUGGUGUCCCGUCAGACCCGAUGGCCUUCUGGCCCCUUCCAACUCUGCUAUUAUUGUAGGAUUCUUUUAAUAAGGAGACUUCUUAAAUAAACCUGAUACUGUAUUAUGACAGGAAUGUUGCGGCUGGUUUUGUGUUUUUGUUGGCAAUGUAAGGAAGGUCUCUGAAGUUUCCAGCUCUGAGGCAUGAUCUGGACAUGUAUUCCCCAUAAUACGUAUCCUUCAGCCUAGCAAUUUGAUUUAUCCUUCUUCUGGACUUGUUGUAUUUCUAUACAUGGAUCUUUCUUACCCCAAAACUCAAGAAAAGGUGACUUAGCAUAGCGAACUCACCUGUAUUUUUAUUCCUGCCCUCCCCAUAUUCUGGCAUGCUUUGUACUUUAUAAUUUUGUUGUAAUACUUCCUCAUUGUAUACAAUUUGUGUAUUGUGGGGGGGGGUUCUUUAUCUACCCUCUCUGGUUUGCAUUUUUGUUUUAUUUUUGUUUUCUUUUUGCUUUGUUCAUUUUUUAGAACAAAAUUUAAGGUAUUUACAUUUCUUAGCAAAGAUUUUCACUGGAAUUAAAGGGAACAAACUGGCUUUUUAAAACAAUGUUUUUCUUCGUAUGUUGAAAAUAAACACUUUGUUCAAUCUCUA